AUGGGCAAGAGCGGAAUCCUGGUUCUUCUCUGCAUGCUCCUGGGCUCCGGGGAACUCCAGGAGCCGGAGCCGCGGAGGCUUCCACCCCCGCCGGUCAAGUUGGACUUCGGCUACGUGCCCGCGGGGGUGUACGAAACGGUGGCCCACUACGAACCGGGACCCAUCGGCAUUCUCUUCCACUUGGUGCACACUUUCCUCUGCGUGGUGCAACCCAAUGAUUUCCCGCAAGAUCUCCUUAUCAGACUGGCCAAGGACAGGUUCGGAUCCCUUCAGACUGAAUACCAGAAGCCAGAGAACAUAGUGCUGAGCCUGCAGGCGGUCUACUAUGAGGUGGGCUUCCUGGUGUGCGCGGCGGUUGGCGUCCUGUUCACCGUUCUGGUGCCCGUGGUGGGCCUCUUCUUCUGCAUGUGCCGCUGCUGCGACAACUGCGGCGGCGAGAUGCACCAGCGGCAGAGGAAGAAUGCCGACUGUAGACGAGGCUUGCUGGGCACGCUGCUCUUCUCCACCUCGCUGGUGAUCACGAUCGGCGUGUUGUGCGCGUAUGCCGCUAACCAGAACCUGAGCACUCAGGUCAAGAACAUCCGUCGUCUGGUCAACAGCAACAUGAGGGAUAUGCAUACCUUUGCCAACGACACGCCAAGGCAAAUCGAUUACCUUGGCUCCCAGUACACCACCGCCAAGAACCAAGUCUUGUACGACCUGGAGAACAUAGGUCCUCUAUUAGGUGGAAGGAUACGCGACUCGUUGGAUAAGGAGAUUCAACCCGCCUUGGACGGUGUGCUGAAAAUGACAAGAGUGAAAAUCGACAGAGCCGUCAAAGCCAUGCGUGAAACCAAGGAAGCCCUGGAGAACGUGAGCGUCUCCCUGCAAGUGCUGCAGGAGGCCACGGGCAAGCUGGAAUUCAACCUGAGCCUGGUCAGGGCCAACAUCCAGCGCUCCCUCAACGACCCUGGUUGCCACGACGAGGAGUCGGACGCCACCUCAGCCCAGCUUUGCCGGGGAAUCCGCCAGUCACUGGAACAACUGCACGUCAGCGCCAACUUCACCAGGCUUCCCAAUGUGAACGGUCAGCUAGAAAAGAUUAACGACUUGUUGCAAACAGACCUCAGCGCUGUCAUCAACAAGGGUUACGCCUCCUUGAACGACACGCCUUACAUGGUGAUGGUACAGACUAGAAGUGUUGUCGACAGGGUGCAGAGUUUGGUGGAUGACAUCGGCGCGAACGUGGGUGACUUGUCCAAAGCAUUCCCAGUCCAAACCUCUCUGUCCAACUUCACCAUCUUCAUCAGCCACGUCCACGCCAAAAUCGAGGACCAGUACCCUGAAAUUGACAAACUGGACUUCUACAGGUGGACAGGCUGUGUAGCUUUGUGCUGCAUGCUGGUGUUGGUGCUGGCCUUUAACUAUUUGGGCCUUCUGUGCGGCACGCUGGGAUACGACAAGCACGCCUCGCCCACUACGCGAGGGUGCAUCUCCAAUACGGGAGGCACCAUGCUCAUGGCUGGCGUGGGCUUCAGCUUCAUCUUCUCCUGGGUUCUCAUGGGCCUGCUGACUGCGCUCUUUCUGGUCGGAGGGAACAUGGAGAAGCUCAUCUGCGAGCCCUACCACACCAAGGAACUCUUCAAGGUGGUGGACGCGCCGUACCUGGUGAACCCUGAGUGGAGAAACUUCAUCCCCGGGUACCUGUACAACGACUCGGAGCUAGACCUCACCGCAGAGAGCGUGUACAGCACCUGCAAGGAGAACAAAGGCAUCUACUCGGCUCUGCGCCUGGAUAAAGUCUUCAAUGUCUCCAAUUUUCUCAAUGCCACAGUGUUCACCAAGGAUGUGGUAACCCUUUUGAGCAGCUUGAAAAUCGACCUGAGAGGAAUCAUUUUGCUAGAAGCGGAAGGCAAGCAGAGCCUUCUGGAUUUCUCCGAGGUGGGACUGUCGGAAACAAACUACGCAGACUACUUGGAAGAGGUCAACAAAGGCGUCACAGUGGUGGACCUGCUUUCGUUUGCCAAAGAGCUGGAAGCCCAGACGGACCUGAUGCCUCGAAGUUUUUUGCAAACAUCUUUAAAAGGUCACGCGGGCACCGUGCGACAGAUCUACAACCAGCAAGUGGUCCCCAUGCAGCAGGCCAUGAAAUAUGUUAGAGCCAGGAGUGCGCUGAACCAGAGCAUGAGGUUCCUGGAGAGAACUGCCUCAGACCUGCCAAACAAAGUCUUAGAUGUGCUGGACGCCAUCAACGCAGCUCAGCAUCUUAUUUCCCAGAAUGCAUCACAACUUAUUAGCCGGGAAAGUGCAAGAUACACAUCGACCAUUGUAGGCUACUUCCAGCAAUACAUGGAGUGGGUCAAGACCUCGCUGGCUAUUGAUGUGGCACAGUGCAAGCCGUUCAGCAAUGUCCUGGAUACAGUUGAAAUCUUCACCUGUAGCUUCCUGGUGGACUCCAUGAACGUUUUCUGGAUGGGUCUGGGCUGCGCCACGCUCUUCCUCAUCCCGAGCAUCGUGCUCGCCGUCAAGCUGGCCAAGUUCUACCGCAGGAUGGACACGGAGGAUGUUUACGAUGAUAUGGAAAGUGGUAAUAAUGGUUAUCAUAGCCAGCCCCCACAAGGCAUCUUAAACCCCCCCGUGACCAGUAUCCCGACAUACGAUACCAUGAACAGGUUCCCGCGAGCCUCGGCUCCACCGAGGCACAUCGACUGGUGA